UGGGGACUUGAACAGUGGGAUAUUAUGGGAGAUCUAUCUAACGGCAAAAUGCCAAGCUAUACUUUUGAAAGUUACUGAAAGGAUAUUUUAAGCGAACUGGUAGUAUAUAUGAACGUUGUUGUUCUCUGUUAGAAACUGUUACCCCUCCUAAAUUGGAACUCUAAACAAUUGGAGAUGGUGAAGUACCUAAAGUUACACAGUUGAGGGAGAUGGUGAAGUACUUUUUUUGUUUGUUUUUGUUUUUUUACCCCUUCCCCAGGAGUUCCCACCUUUUUGCUCCCUUGGUGACUCGACCUCACAGUUGAUGGUGAAGUAGUACCUAAAGUUACCCAGUUGAGCAUUUCUUUUUCUCAAAAUUCUCUUAUUUCUCUAGGGAAAGUUUAUCCAAACUUCAAUAGUAUAUAAAACCCUUUUUCCAAACUUCAAAAGUAUACUCCUUACUGUAUAGCAAUAGGUAUAUCUCAAUCCCCCAUUGACGAAAGCAUAAAAGAAAAGAUUCUCAUCCAAUAGGAGGUGGCCCAUGAAUAUUCCUUGCCUAAUUUGACACUCCAGAACUUCAGCUGGAAAGCCCAUUUUUGAAGGAAAGCAUCCCAAACAGGUGCCUUUCUUCACCCAAGCUGCUGACAUGCAGACAUAAAAAAAAGUUGCAGCAACCUGUGACGACCAAGCCGAGCAAUGGAUAAGGUUUUCAAUACACCCCUGGCUCAUCUGCUCGGUGCAUUGCUUGUUCUUCUUGCACCAAUUUUCCUUCAAGGAGUUGAAGGAACAAUUGGUGUCAAUUAUGGUACAGUUGCUGACGACCUCCCUCCGCCAGUCCAAGUUGCAAGCUUCCUCCGCGACUCCACCUUUAUUCGUCGUGUGAGGCUCUUUGACGCUAACCCAGAAAUCUUGAAAGCAUUUGCUCGCACUGGCAUUUCAGUGACUGUAAAUGUGCCCAAUGAUCUAAUUCCGCAGCUUACCAUGUUGAGUUUUGCCCAACAAUGGGUGGAAAUUAACGUCCUGCCUUACGUCCCUGCCACCAACAUAGUGAGAAUACUUGUUGGCAACGAAGUAAUUUCAACUGCCAACAAGUUACUUAUUGUGAGCCUAGUCCCUGCUAUGGAAACCCUCCAGGCUGCCCUAGUUGAAAAGUCCUUGGACCGUCACAUCCGAAUUUCUACUCCACAUUUCCUAGGUAUACUCUCAAAUUCAAGCCCACCUUCUACUGGGAAAUUUAGACCAGGAUAUGACAUCCAUGUUCUCAAGCCAUUGCUUGAGUUCCUUAGAGCUACUAAUUCACCAUUCAUGAUAAACCCAUAUCCAUUUUUUGAUUCUUCUGAUAACACACUUGAUUAUGCACUCUUUAGGCCUAAUCCAGGGGUCUUCGACGAGACCACACAACUCACCUACACAAACAUGUUGGAUGCACAAUUAGAUGCAGUUUUUUCAGCCCUGAAGCUCCUGGAUUUCGAAGACAUUGAGAUUGUCAUAGCUGAAACUGGAUGGCCAUCAAGAGGAGAUCCAGGGCAAGCAGGAGUAGACACUGGAAUUGCAGCCGAAUACAACAAAAAGCUCAUACAACACGUGAUGUCUGGAAUUGGGACACCUCUAAUGCCCAACAGGACAUUUGAAACCUAUAUUUUCGCGCUCUUCAACGAGGACUUAAAGCCAGGGCCAACAUGUGAAAGAAAUUUUGGGCUGUUCAAACCCGAUAUGACCCCAGUCUAUGACAUAGGAAUCGUACAUCCAAGGGUAGCUAAUGCUGCUGCCAAUACUGAUCACAGUCACACUAAUAGCAGAACCAAUUUGAAAAAAUGGUGUCUUUCGAAACCAGGGACAAGUAAGGAAGCACUACAGAGGAACAUCAAUUAUGUCUGUGGAUUGGGUUUCGAUGCAUGCAGACAAAUCCAAUAUGGAAGUCCGUGCUUUCUUCCCAACGUUGUUCGAGCUCAUACUAUGUAUGCCAUGAAUGCUUACUAUCAAGCUAGCUCGAACCCUUAAAGAAAUGGAUUAUAGGCUUAACUCAAAGCGAAGCGAAAAGUCCAUGGCUGACUCGACAACAGCACGCCCAGAACUGUUACGACAGAGCAAUUGAAAUGACCAACAGUACAUACACCAACACAUCAUUAUACACUAGAUUAUAUACUUGUACCUUGUACAAUUAAAAUUUACCU